AUGCCCCCACCCUCUUCUGUUCCCUUGAAGAGUCCUCGAUCCUGUCUCUGCCGCAGCCGUCGCGAAUCCAAUAACUCUCUCGAGGCCUGGAGCGACUCCGCUCUGCAGUUCGCCGACGCCGACGAACAAACCGAUACCCCACGCCUCAUGGCUGGACCCGGCCACCAGCAAGAUCCCACCGCCCCAUAUCGUCCCCUCCCGGAGCCCGCCCUCACAACCCGCAAUUCUUUUUCUUCCGAAUCGGAGCCCAAUAAGCGCGCUUCCGUCUCCAGCGUUUUCUCUGUAUACUCGCUGGCCUCGGCUCGUGGCGUCGUUUCCUCGUCUGCACCUGGCCAAGUCCAGUCACAAUCUUCGGCCGCCUCUACCAACGGCUCUGACGGCGGCGCUGCUCGUUCGGUUUCUGGAAUCAUGUCGUCCGGCAAGCCUGUCACGAACGCCUCUCAGCCAGGCGCCGAGGUCUCCAACGUCACCGUCACCACCUCGUCCACUGCACAGAAUGGCACCACCGCAGCAUCGGGCACCCACAACCUCACGGCGCGCGAAAACCACAACCACAACCACCACGAGCUGAUUAAGCGUCCUCAUCGUGACCACCACCGUCCCCAGCCUACCCGAUCCCGUAGUAGAAACAAGCGGAGAUUCAGUGGAAGCACGGGCGCCAGUAGCCACAGCCCCAGCAGCGACCGAGGACCCUAUCACAACGGAAAGGAGAAAGAAGAGGGUCAGUCAAGAGAAACAAGCGCGCCACGUCAACGUGUUCCGACAAACUCUAAUACACCUGCAGUCAAGCCAGCUCCCUGGGGUGUCAUUGGAGUAUGCGCGUUGGACGUGAAGGCUCGGAGCAAACCCAGCAGGAACAUUCUUAACCGUCUUAUUGCGAAUCGCGAGUUCGAUGUGGUGGUAUUUGGCGAUAAAGUCAUCUUGGAUGAAGUUCUCUCACUAAACUUUCUCAGCGAUUAUUUGAUCUCCUUCUACUCGGAUGGCUUCCCACUGGAUAAGGCUAUCGCCUACGUCAAGACCAGAAAGCCGUUCUGCGUCAACGAUGUUCCCAUGCAAAAGAUCCUUUGGGAUCGUCGUCUCUGCCUGAACAUCUUGGACCGCAUCAAUGUGCCAACCCCGAAGCGAAUUGAGGUGAACCGCGAUGGUGGGCCCGCGAUUCUGACUCCAGACACGGCCAAGCACAUCAAAGAUAUUACGGGUAUCGCCUUGGACGCUGAGGAAUUGGGUUACAACCGCUUGCCUCGAAAGGUUGAAUUGCUGGACGACGGCGACAUUCUCAGCGUCGACGGUGCUUUACUCAAGAAGCCAUUUGUGGAGAAGCCUGUCAGUGGUGAGGACCACAACAUCAUCAUCUACUUUCCCAAAGCGACAGGUGGUGGUGCGCGCAGGCUUUUCCGCAAGAUUGGCAACAAGAGUUCUGAAUACGACCCGGAGUUGAACGUUCCUCGUGCUAUUCUAGAGCCAGAGAACAGCUACAUCUACGAAAAGUUCAUGCGAGUUGAUAACGCCGAAGACGUCAAAGCCUACACUGUUGGGCCCAACUACUGCCACGCCGAAACGAGAAAAUCCCCUGUUGUUGAUGGCGUUGUGAGACGUAACACACAUGGCAAGGAGCUUCGAUAUGUUACCGGUCUCAACGCCGAAGAGAAGGAAAUCGCCAGCAAGAUUUCCACCUCUUUUGGCCAGCGAGUUUGUGGGUUUGACUUCCUGAGAGCCGGAGGAAAGAGUUACGUGAUCGACGUCAAUGGCUGGAGUUUCGUCAAGGACAAUGACGAUUACUACGAACAUUGUGCCAGCAUUCUGAAGGAGGUCUUUGUCAAAGAGAGACUCAGAAGAGGCGGCGUCACUUCUCCUGCACCUUCCCCGUCUCCUUCGGAAAUCACAGAUCCAUUGGCUUCGCGAGGCAAGGAGAAGGAAUCGCAGCCAGCAUCCGCACCGCCGACUCAGAACAAAUCUCUGAGCAACAUGUCGACUGCCUCCGAGAAGCCAACAGAGCCCAAACCUAUACCCACGAGCACCCCUCAACCAAAAGCAGACAGUACUUUGGCAUCGACAGUAACCAGCUCCUGCACCAGUCCAACACUUCCGCCUCCGCCUCCAAUCGUAGACCCGGCUGUUGCAAGCGUCCCAUCCGCCACAGCAUGCGCAACACCCUCUGCGACACCCUCACUGCAAGGCGAGGUUCCCGCACCACCCGAGGAGGCGCCGGCUCCGCCACCGCCGAAGCACUCCUGGAAGCUUAAGGGUAUUGUGUCGGUUAUACGCCAUGCUGACCGUACCCCGAAGCAAAAGUACAAGUUCACUUUCCACACAGAGCCUUUUAUCGAGCUGCUGAAAGGACAUCAGGAGGAAGUCCUUCUUAUUGGCGAGGCGGCCUUGGCGAGCGUCUUGCAAGCUGUCGACGUUGCAAUGAGGGCUGGUGUUGAGGAUCGUCAAAAGCUAAAAUCCCUCCGUAACGUUUUGGUCAAGAAGGGUGGCUGGGCGGGCACAAAAGUUCAGAUCAAACCCAUGUUCCGCAAGAAGAAGACUGAAGACGUCGCAGUUUCUUCUGGAGACGAGCUAAACCAGGUACUCAAAGAAGGCGUUGAGACCGACUUCGCAGAAAAGUCCGAAGUUGAGGACAGCGCUUCAAAGGCGGAUAACUCUUCUCCGUCGCGGAAAGCGCCGAAAAGACAUGAUUCACUCUCUGGUGUUACCAUGUCACGCAUCACUGCGGCGGAAGAGAGUCUUGUUCUGGAUAAACUCCAGCUCAUCGUCAAAUGGGGCGGCGAGCCGACUCACUCCGCACGGUACCAAGCACAGGAACUGGGUGAGAACAUGCGCAAUGACUUCAAUCUGCUCAACAGAGAUGUUCUCGACGAGGUUCAUGUUUUCAGCAGUUCUGAGCGUCGUGUCACCACUAGUGCACAGAUCUGGGCGUCUUCCUUCUUGGAUCGCAAAGAUCUUCCUGAGGACUUCAUUACCAUUCGCAAAGACCUUCUCGAUGACUCCAACGCUGCCAAGGAUGAGAUGGACAAGGUGAAGAAGAAGCUGAAGGGUCUACUGCGCAAGGGCAACGAGAGACCGUCUCAAUUUGCCUGGCCCGACAAGAUGCCAGAGCCUUCAGAGGUACAGACCCGUGUGGUCCAGUUGAUGAAUUUCCAUCGUCGGGUGAUGCAUCACAACUACGCAAAGCUGAACAACGGUAGCGCUGUUGCUUCGCUCAACACCCACAUCACCAACCCUGGCUCUGAGAAGCACAAUGGAGACGUAUCGACAUCCGUUAGCUCAACGUCGUCAUCAUUGUCCCAAGCCAAUGCGAUCAACACUAUUCAAACGCGUUGGUGCUGUGGUGAAGACGCGGAGCUUUUCCGGGAGCGUUGGGAGAAGCUUUUCGCGGAGUUUUGUGACGGAGAAAAGGUCGAUCCUAGCAAGAUUUCCGAGCUUUACGAUACGAUGAAGUUCGAUGCUCUGCAUAAUCGGCAGUUCCUGGAAUGGGUCUUCACGCCGCCUAAGGCUAUGCUAGAGGAAGAAUACGGUGGCGUCAAGGACAAGGAUACCAAGGCCACGGAAAAGACUUCGGAGGAAGGGAAGGCGUCCUUCGACUCCAGAGAGGACAAGCGGGAGGUUUCGGGAUCUAGUGACAAGGCGGAUAACAAGAGUGAGGCGAGCAAGAGCUCGACUUCCGUCAGACGCAUCUUCCGCCGUCGUUCGUUCCUGAAUGGCUUACGACACAACGGUGAGCAGGCCGCUCCCGAGCAAUACUUUCAUCUGUACAAGGGCACCACCCAGACCAAGGCCAAGACGGAUGCCCGGUUCGAGCCGCUGCGGGAGCUCUAUCAGCUCGCCAAAGUUCUUUUCGACUUUAUCUGCCCACAGGAGUACGGCAUUUCUGAUAGCGAAAAGCUGGAGAUUGGUCUCCUGACGUCGCUGCCGCUGCUCAAGGAGAUUGUCCAGGAUUUGGAGGAAAUGCAGGCAUCCAAUGACGCAAAGUCAUUCUUCUACUUCACCAAAGAGUCCCACAUUUACACCCUCCUCAACUGCAUUCUCGAAGGAGGCAUCGAGACGAAGAUCAAGCGCAGCACCAUUCCCGAGCUUGACUAUCUCUCGCAGAUCUGCUUCGAGCUGUACGAGUCCGAGAUCAAGACGCCCUCCAACGCCCCCGAAGGCGGGGAGGAGCAGACUUUUGCGUAUAGCAUCAGGAUCACCAUCAGUCCAGGAUGCCACGUCUACGACCCCCUGGACGUGCAGCUCGACAGCAAGCACAGCAUCAGCUGCGCGCCGCGUCGCAGCUUGACACCUCACGCAGACUGGAUGCAUGUGAUCCGCACGCUGCGAGCCAAGUUUAACCAAGUUAAGCUUCCCAAGACCUUCCUGGCCAUCAACCUAUCGGACCUCUUCUCGUUUGAAGAUCAUGAGAGAAGGGAAAGUGACAGCGAGGGCCUGGAAAUGAAGUCACUGAGGGCCAAGCCAAAAGCUACGGAUACCGCAACGGUUGCCGCGGAGGAUACGGGAGCUGCACUGGCCGAAGAGAUGGUUGCUGUUGGAGAGUGUCUCGGAACAGCGUCGAUCCAGAAGGAGAAGCAGGAGGAGGAGGAACCCGUUAGUCCCGGAACCAUAGUCGAGGUUCCGACUCCUUUGGUGGUUCCCGACACAGCAUCUGAGUCGACUACGGAGGUGACUUCGCAGGAGACCACGCAGUAA